AAACGAAGGCGCAAACACUCUUUAGCGGCAGUAGUUUCCCCUUCAGCUUCUUAGGUUUUUUCUCUUUUCUAACCGAAGAAUCACACAAUGGUGAAGAAGAGCAAGAAGAGUAAGAGUAAGAGGGUUCCAUUGAAAAAGAAAUAUAAGAUUAUAAGGAAGGUGAAGGAGCAUCAAAAAAAGAAGGCCAAAGAGGCCAAAAAGCUUAAUCUGAAUCGCAAAAACAAGACCGAGAAGGAUCCUGGAAUUCCCAAUGAUUGGCCUUUUAAGGAACAGGAGCUUAAGGCCCUUGAAGCUCGAAGAGCUCGUGCUAUUGAAGAAUUGGAGCAAAAGAAAGCUGAGCGCAAGGAGAGGGCUAGAAAAAGGAAAUUGGGCUUGUUAGAGGAUGAUGAUAACUCCAAAUUGGUUGAAAUGUCUUCUGCAAAAGACAGUAAUGAUUUUACUACAGUUGUGAAGACUAGAGUUGAUAAUUCAGAUAGGGCCUUUUACAAGGAUUUGGUAAAGGUUAUUGAAGCUUCUGAUGUCAUUCUGGAGGUCCUUGAUGCCCGGGACCCCUUGGGUACCCGUUGUGUUGAUAUAGAAAAGAUGGUGAUGAAAUCGGGACCUGAUAAACAUCUCGUAUUGCUUUUAAAUAAAAUUGAUCUUGUCCCACGAGAAGCUGUAGAGAAGUGGCUCAAAUACCUUAGAGAAGAAUUACCUACUGUGGCCUUCAAGUGCAGUACACAGCAACAAAGAUCAAACUUAGGGUGGAAAUCCUCUAAAAAAGCUAAAUCAAGUAAUAUUUUGCAAUUAAGUGAUUGUCUUGGAGCUGAUACUCUCCUCAAACUGUUGAAGAAUUACUCAAGAAGCCAUGAGAUCAAGAAGUCAAUCACUGUGGGUUUGAUUGGCCUGCCCAAUGUUGGUAAGAGUAGUCUUAUUAAUAGCUUAAAGAGAUGCCAUGUUGUCAAUGUUGGUGCUACUCCUGGGUUAACAAGAUCAAUGCAAGAGGUUCAAUUGGACAAAAAUGUUAAGUUGCUGGAUUGCCCUGGUGUUGUUAUGCUGAAGACUCAAGAAAAUGAUGCUUCUAUUGCUUUAAAGAAUUGCAAGAGAAUUGAGAAGUUAGAUGAUCCAAUUAGCCCAGUGAAAGAAAUUCUCAAGCUCUGUCCAGCCAGGCUGCUGGUAACCCUGUACAAGAUUCCAAGUUUUGAUUCAGUUGAUGACUUCCUACAGAAGGUUGCUACAGUUAGGGGCAAGCUCAAGAAAGGUGGAAUAGUUGACAUUGAAGCUACUGCAAGAAUCGUUCUUCAUGAUUGGAAUGAAGGUAAAAUUCCAUAUUAUACCAUGCCCCCAGUUAGGGAUCAAGGGGAACCUUCAGAGGCCAAUAUAGUUUCUGAGUUCUCGAAAGAGUUUAACGUUGAUGAAGUCUACAACAGUGAAUCUUCAUUUAUUGGGAGCCUUAAAUCUGCUGAUGACUUCAAUCCUGUUGAAGUUCCUUCAAGUUGCCCUCCAAACCUUGAUGAGACAAUGUUAGAGGAUGAUGUACAAAUUGAACCCUCAGUACAAGGCGAAGGUCCCGACGUUGAUGAAUCUAUGGAACAUGAUGGUGAUGAUGAUGAUGAUGAUAGCAAGAACAAGGUGAACAAUGCAGCUAGUAGACAAAAUGAGAAAUUAUAUACAGCGGAUGGUAUACUUAAUACAAAACUUAGGCGAGCAGAGAAGAAAAAAAGGAAAAAGGCUAACAAAGCCUCAUCAGAUCCCAUGGAUGAUGAUUAUGACUUCAAAGUUGAUUACAUCCAAAAGGGAUCCACAAUGGAUGUUGAAGGGAGCAAAAGUGAGGAUGAUGAAGAACAAAUCAACUCUGAGGUGCCUAUGUCUGGUAUUCAGGUUGAUGAAUGAUGGGGAAAUGGACACGUUUAUAAUUUAGACAUGAUGUGAGGUUGGGCUUUUAAAUUUCACUUUUGGUUUCGCAGAUUUUAAAUUGUUGCAGUUGUUGAUCCAUUAUUUGUACAUGUUAUUCUGGCAAGAUAUGCACAAAAUUUUGGAUAAGGUCAAGAAAAGUGUCCAAUUGAGGUAUCUGGCAAUGCAAAUGCAAAUUUUUUCCAGUUAUUUUUACUGCUCUAUUUGUGACUCUUCU